AUGCGGGUCGCGCUUGCCGCGCUCGCGGCUUGCUGCGUGGAGGCGCGCGCCGGGGCCCCCUCCGCGCGUCUCGCCCCCCGCAACUUCACCCCCCAGCACGUCCUCCAAUGCUCUGAAGGCCUCGUCCUUCCCGUUUGGCGGCCUCUCGAAGAUGUGGCGACCCUUGAUAUCACCAUUCGAGGUCUUGUUUAUUUCAUCUCUCUAAUGUACCUCUUUAUCGGAGUUUCAAUAGUUUCCGACAGAUUUAUGGCCGCCAUAGAAGUUAUCACGUCCAGGGAGAAAGAAGUGCGCGUGCGACGAAACGGAACUGAACAAAUUAUUGUCGUCCGAGUUUGGAACGAGACCGUUGCCAAUUUGACGCUUAUGGCACUUGGCUCAAGCGCGCCAGAAAUUCUAUUAUCAGUUAUUGAAAUAGCUGGCAAGAACUUUGAAGCCGGUGAUUUGGGGCCGGGGACUAUCGUCGGAUCGGCUGCAUAUAAUUUAUUUGUCAUCAUUGCUAUUUGUGUGUCUGUUAUUCCUGAUGGAGAAGUGAGAAAAAUUAAACAUCUGCGAGUGUUUCUGGUAACAGCAACAUGGUCUAUAUUUGCCUAUGUCUGGUUAUAUCUUAUACUGGCAGUGAUAUCACCUAGUGAAGUAGAAGUAUGGGAAGGUGCUGUCACUUUUCUGUUCUUCCCUGCCACAGUCCUAACAGCGUAUAUUGCAGACCGAAGGCUUUUAGUUUACAAAUACCUCAAAAAAGGUUAUCGUGUGAAUGAACGUGGCGUAAUCGUGGAAGUAGAAGGAGAUGGAUCGGUUGAAAUGGCCUUAAAGCCUUGCGAGUUCCCAGAUGACGAGGAAGGGAGAGAACUUGAAAAUACUCGACGAGAAUAUAUAUCAGUUCUUCGUGAUUUAAGGAAACAGCAUCCUCAGGAAGACCUGGAAACUGUAGAACGAAUGGCAUUAGAGACAUUGAUGUCCAGGGGACCGAAAUCACGAGCUUUUUACAGAGUAGCAGCAACGAGAAAAAUGACAGGUGGUGGAGACCUCUCAAAGAAAAUAUCUGAGAGGGCACAGAGUGACCUAAGUGAAGUGAAGGCUGAGCUACAGCGCCGUGAAUCUACUUCUGUUGCUUUAGAGCCAAAGGGUCCUAAUAUCCGAUUUGACCCAGAUCACUAUACUGUUAUGGAAAAUUGUGGUUCUUUUGAGGUGAGAGUGGUUCGCCGUGGAGACUUAACAGGACAAGUAACCGUUGAUUACACAACUGAGGAUGGAACAGCAGAAGCUGGUUCAGAUUAUACUGCUGCUCAAGGCACCCUUGUGUUCGGGCAUGGGGAAUUCGAAAAAACAUUUACCGUGGAAGUGAUUGACGAUGAUGUAUUUGAAGAAGAUGAGCACUUUUUUGUGCGCUUAAGUUCUCCUAGAGGCGCAUGCUUAGCGUCCCCAUCAACAGCAACCGUGGUCAUAUUGGAUGACGAUCAUUCUGGUGUGUUUUCAUUUGCGCAAAGAGACUUUGAGUUGACGGAGUCUGUUGGGACUUACGAGUUGAAGGUAGUGAGGAGUGCUGGUGCCAGGGGGAAGGUUAAGGUUCCCUACAACACUGAAGAUGGAACAGCAAAGGGUGGAGCGCAGUUCGAACCCGCAGAGGGCUAUAUCAUUUUUGAGAACAACGAAACCGAGAAAUUCAUUCCAUUGCACAUAAUCGAAGAAGACAGUUAUGAAAAGGAUGUGCUUUUCUACGUAAACCUUGGAGAACCGGAUUUAGCAGACGAUCGAAACAAAACCAAACCCGUCCGUAAUGAAGUCAACCAUCUUACAACACUGCCGGAGAAUGAAGUCGUGGUUGCCAUGAAGGGUCUUCCCAGAGCUGGAGAGAUCACCAGGGCACAAUUGAGGAUUAAGGAAAGCAAGGAAUUUAAGAACACGGUCGACAAGCUCGUACAAAGAGCAAAUGCAUCUAUCAUAAUAGGCACGUCAUCCUGGAAGGAGCAGUUUACAGAAGCUCUUACGGCCAGCUCAGAUAAUCCUGAUGAGUCGCCAUCUUGGGGAGACUACUUAAUGCACGUACUAACAUUGUUUUGGAAAGUUAUAUUUGCAUUUGUUCCACCCACUGACAUUGGCGGAGGCUAUGUCUGCUUCGUUGUCUCCAUCAUCUGCAUCGGACUGGUGACGGCAGUUAUCGGUGACGUGGCUUCUCACUUUGGGUGCACUCUUGGCAUCAAGGAUUCAGUUACUGCCAUUGUCUUCGUCGCAUUAGGGACUAGCAUACCGGAUACGUUUGCAAGUAAAGUAGCAGCGAUACAAGACAAGCACGCGGACGCGUCUGUCGGGAAUGUGACCGGAUCGAACGCAGUGAACGUGUUCCUUGGCAUUGGCGUUGCUUGGACCGUGGCGGCUAUAGUGCACUGGAGUAAGAAUGAAAAGUUCCACGUUGAGCCGGGAAAUCUAGCUUUCAGCGUCACCAUGUUUUGCUCUGAAGCAAUGCUAGCAGUUCUGGUGCUUGUGUUAAGAAGACGAAAAUCCAUCGGUGGUGAACUAGGAGGUCCCAAGACUAUUAAAACUAUCACAUCAAUGUUCUUCUUCUCUCUUUGGCUGGUGUAUCUUCUCAUGUCUACUUUGGAAGCGUAUGGCGUGAUCAAAGGAUUUUAAAUAACUAAAGUUAAGCUCGAUAAGCUAAAUGUCCAUGUGGCUGCGCCCAGAGCUUGGCCAAUAAGUAUUUUAGGAUCAUAUUAUUCUCAAUAUCACAUGUUACGAAUGCAUAUAAAAAAAUAUUUCAAAUGUUGCUUGUGCAGCGAAAUCGAUUAUCGUCACUACACAAAUCAUUGUAUUUUUUAUACACGUACAUAAAAAAAUACCCUUAAUACCCGUAAUUUCUAUAAACUCUUACAGAAGAAAAUUUAUUUUGUUUAUGGUAGGCGAUUUGGAAUAUACAAUAAUUGUUGUUAUUUUUUGCUUUAGCUGCAUUUUUACUAACACAAACUUACAAAGAAACAGCUGAAAAUAUUGCAGUAUAUGAGAUAAAACCUGCUGACAAACAGACGCAAAUAUUAAAACUAUUGGAGGGUUAAAGUUAACCAAAGUUGUAUUACUAAUACAUAUGAAUAUAUAAAUAUAGAUGGAUAUUUUUUUCGAAAUUGUUUUUUCAAAAAGGGCCUGAAUAGUUAUGGAUCUAUCUAUCUAUCUGAAAUGAGGGGUUUUCGCAACACUUAGGGUCUUCUCACACCACGUUUUUUCACGCGCCGUCGACGUGCGUUUCUCACAAUUGGAACGCACUGCGAAUGUAAUAUUAUUGCAACCUGUUUAUCUAUUUAUAUGUUCAUAAAAUGUAUGAAUACUGAUAACGACUUUUUCAAGCACUGUCUACGCGCAGUACAGCGAUAUAGACGCGCCUUGGAAGCGUGUUUGUGUAGUUACAAAUACGGUGUGUGUUCUUAAGUAUAGAAACCUGCCGACAAACAGUAUUACGAUGGCAUCAAUAGAUUAAAACGUUCUUCCUUGUGCUUUUUUUACAAAGGAAACAUAAAAAUAUCUCACGUAAACGUAGAUAUUGGAUACGUCCAUUUACAAGUGAAUGGAAAUUAUUAGCUUGGUAUGGUCAAUGGCUCUAUUCUAUGGUUCGUUCGCAUGCGCGACACGUGUACUUUACUCUACUAGAAAAGCUGCAAAUAAUCUACUUUUUUAUAACUUAAUUAGAGUAAAAAACGUGCGUUGGCAGGACGCGCGUCUACGGCGCUUAAAACUACGUGGUGUGGAAGGGCUUUUAUUGUUUUAAUUUAAUUUUACUUUUACUCGUCCUUUAAUCAUUGCUAAAACAUUAUCAAAUAUAGACUGUUUUUAGGUGCAUGAUAAUACCGAAUGUCUGUUGUUCUAAAUUAUUUUAAUUUUCAAAUUUCAUCAAAUAUAGUAAAAGAGUUAAUUUGAUACAAAUUAUGUGAAAAAAGGUAAAGAUAUUAAUUUAAGCUUACUGAAUGGUUAAUAGAUUAUGCAAUAUUGAGAUGUUAUGCUCAAAUGUACAGGUAGCAUUUUCUCUCUUAAUUAAUUUCAAUUUGUUUUAGCUCUAAAUGAUAUGUGAGUAUAUAUUUAUCAAUUUUAACUAUAGGUUAUUUUGUUAUAAGCGCGAUUACUUUAGUUAUGUGUGUUCAGUGGUAAGUUACGAUUGUCGCGUCUAUAUAACUAGUCGUUUUGGAGUAACAUACGAUUAAUGUUUUUUUAUAGUUAAGACGCUAUGGUUGGUACACGUUUUUUUCUUUUAGGCAAUUAUAUUGUUAUUUAUUCUAGUCAUUUCUUUAUUAUUUAACACCAUUCAUUUUGCCAUUGUUACUCUACUUAGGUUUGUGAAAGAAUUCUUUGUUUUUAUCCACUAAUGGAACAUUUACUGUGAAAAUAGUACAUAGUGGAUUAUAUUAACUUUAAGCCAAGUUGUCUAAGAUAUGUAACCCCUAUUUGCGAUGUUGUUCUUCAAAUUAUAAAUUAAUUAUUUAUUACUUAAUUGUGUAAACAAGUAGAAUAUCAAUCAACAGCAUACCUCGACUGAUAUCAAUAUAUUAUUCCAAUUUCCACUUAUUACCAAAAUUACCACUAUGCUUACAAUAACGUUUCCUUCAUUGAAAGAUUAUCUCAAUCCAAACAAUAUGUUAUGUUUUUAAAGUGAUAACCCUCACUUCUAGGAUUAAUACACAAAUAAAAUUUGAAAAACAAAAUUUUAUGAACGAUGCGGUAUUCGAACCCACGACCUCCGGCGUUCCGUGCCGGUGCUCUAACCAACUGAGCUAACCGUUCGAGUACCGUCUCGAUAUAAAAUUCUGUUUCGUUUGUUCAACUCUCAGGUUGUGGCUUCAUCGUGGGUUCGAAUCCCGCAUCGUUCAUAAAAUUUCGUUUUUCAAAUUUUAUUUGUGUAUCUCAAUCCAAUUAAUCUUUGACGUGUAGCUAUUAUUUACCAAUAUUCCUUAUGAAUGUUAAUAAUCAUAUAUUCAUUCACACAAUUAAAGAUUUAUAAAGUGUGGAUUGUCCAUUUUAUCCGUAGUACAUCAAUCUCCUAAGAGAAUGAAAGAAGACAAGACAGGUCGAUUCAUUAAAAGUAAAAAGAAAGCAGAAGUUAAGGCUCCUUGUUUGGCUGAAUAUGGUCUACACAAAAAAGACAGGACACUGGAUAACAAUGCUGUUUGCUAAGAUUAAGGAUUGGUCUCCGCUGCGCUCCAACUAGAUACCGCACUAUCUAAGAACAAUUUAUUACGGCAACUAUUAGAUGCUUGGGUGCAUUACAUCUUGACACUCAAUGGCAUUAUUCAAAUUGUAGCAAACGCUUCGUGUUAUUUUACAUUAAAAAUAAUAAAAUACAAAAUACUUACUUACUUACAUGAUAUGUGAUUCCAGUGUCUUUCUUAUUUCUUGUAGUAUUAUUUUACUACACAACAAGGAAUUUUAGUUUCAUUUAUUAGCAAAGUUUUACAGAACAUGUGGCACGUCAACGUCACACAUUGUUCGAUACUGGCUCGAGUACACCCACUUGGGCGUAGUUGGAGCGCAGUGGAGACCAAUCCUUAAUCUAAGAUUUAACCAUUGUUUUCGAUCUUUUUAACAACGUCAAACAAACGGGGUGAAAUAAAUGGCAGAUGACAAAUUUCAAUUUAAAGCGUUUAAACAGAUCUUAUUUUUGAAUAAAAAUAACCUUAUGAAGGUUAUAUAAUAUAAUAUAAUAUAAUUUAUGAAUUAUGGUCAAAUUACGAUCUAAAAAGAUCGCUCACAAUGAGACAAAGUUGAGGUAUAAAUAGAAGUGAGGUGCGUAAAGAUAAAUUUUAGAAAUAAAAGCACCCUUUCGUUAUGAUACAGUAUGGAUUGCAUACAGGCUAUGAAAUAAAUAAAAUAUAUAAGUAAUACUAGUCCACAGAACUAUUGCAAAAUUAAUUAUUAAUUUAAAACUUUUAAAUUUAAUAAGUGACAUUUUCAAACAAAAUAAAUAUUCAAAUAAAUGUACUAACAGUCAACAGUACCGUACAGACAACGUACAUUGACCUCUGGAUCGUCGGCUUCACCUUUGAUUUGUUUGAUUAUUUGCGACAACAUAAAAAUUCACUAUGUUCAUUCUUACGAACACUUUGUUAUUGGGUAUAAUAUUGUGCAUCUUGAUUUAUCUUCAAAAAAAUCUCACCCGUUUACGUAAACCGUAAAUUACGUACAUUAUUUUAUUAAUUGUUUACGUUAUUACAAACCAACAUAAACUAGAUGUGCCAUAACACCAAGUUAAAGUUUAAAUCGAUGUGAAGUGCGGAAAGAAAAAAAAUAUUUAUUGUAAGUCCAUAUAUAAUUAUAACAAAUGUAUUAUUUUAAAUAUUCCAUUAAUUUUUACGUUAUAACAGACCUGCUUAAAUUGAAAUCGCAAUUAGAUCGACUUAAAGUUGAAACAGAAGUGAAGUGCGGAAAGAUUAAAAUUUAUACAUAAUCGGCCUUACAAAUAAACUUGGUGUCAUACUGAUAAUAAACUAAGAAUAUUUAUAAUGCUUACAAAUAGACAUUUUGCCUAUGAUGGGUCUAUUCGGCAACAUUUUCCACGUUUAUUUGCAAGACUACUUUAAAGACAUUCAGAAAACUUCAGAAUUAUCAUUGUAUUAACAGUGUCUACAGUAAUAUAAGUGCAAGGCCGAAUAAGUACUUCUAUUCAUAUUAGAAAUUUCAAGAAAUGCGUCUUAUGUCUCAAAGUGACAAGCACAAUUGCUAUGAAACUCAUAUAUCUUAUUGGUUAUUCAAGAAUCCAGAACGGAACUGCAUUUUUAUUCUACCUUUGUCUAUCACAUACCAUAAUUUGAACAUCUUGAUAGACGCAUUUCUGCUUAUUUAAAAAGAAACGUAAAACGCACCCAAGAGUAGCCACUAAGAGAUGACAAUGACAUAACAAAUGAAAUACGAUGAAAAUGACAGUUAAUAAUGACAUCCCUAAUUGGCUAACGAUUAUAAAGAUGUACUCUUUGUUCAUAGCACCUCAAAACAUUUAACCUGUCAAGUAACAGUCCACUUAAAAAGGUGAUGACGGCACUUUUCAUUUAAUUAGUUAAAAUGUGGCUCGUUAAUUAUCUCCCCUUAAUUAUCUUUGACGAUAUUAAUAGAAUGUUUCUGUUUAUUUAUGCAAACUUAUAAAAGUGUGUGUUAUUAGUCAGAAUAUGUUUCCGUUACAGAAACAAAGCGUAAAAGCGACAAAAAUAUAUUUAAAACUGUAGGUACUUAAUUUAAUAAAUUUGCUCAAUCGCUUAGAACUACGUAUAGACAUCGUUUAGUUGUGUGUCUUCUAACAAUUUCGAUUGAGCAAUUGCGAUGCGACUUGGCAUUUUGGGAUUUUCAAGAAUCCUAAGCGGCACUGCAUUGUAAUGGACAGGGCGUAUUAUAACUUCAUGAACAUAAAGAUUGUCAGGCAAGGGGUUGCCACGAUGUUAACUGUCUGGCAAUAAAUGACUUGAUUUUUAUUAAUUUUAUGAAGGUAGUAGCAGAAAUCACACUUUAUAAUUUGAUGUAUUUAGGUCGGUAUUUUACACAGCUAUAGUUCCGUUUACCGGCCAAAGCCACGGUAACCCAAACUUCAUAAUGGCCACCGUUCUUACCUGUGGUGGGAGCAUGUGCUGACAAAUUUCAGCUUUUAUAAAAUAACAAAGGUAAUCUCACCGUAAUCAGGCCAGCGAAGCUCUCUAAGAAAAAUAUAUAUAUCCUGCUAUAAUCUUGUGAAAAAAAGGAGAUAGCCGAAAUCCACUAUGCUAUAAGCAACUGGUCGCUUUCAAACUUAGCCGGAUUAUACUUUGUCGCCAAUCGCGAUACUGUAAUUACUACUAUUUCAAACUUAUGUCAAAUCACUGCACGUUUCAUACAAAAGUAAAUUUAAAUUUUUACUUAGGCAGUCCUGCCUCUUAUUACUUAGUAUUUACAUCCUCUUUGGUCGUAAUAUAUUUUAUGACAUGGCUGCCCACGAACGACUGUUUGACAUUUAUCUAUUUAAUUCGUUUCACCUGCUAAUUAAUAAAAAGGCAUUUAUUUUCUCAAAAUUGAUUCCUUUAGAAUUCUUUUUGAUGUCAUUUCUACUAUAACUACUAAAUACUACUACCGCUUUGGAAACAAAUGGAGCUCUGAGAGAGAACAAGAGGCGCAAGAAACUCUCCCAGCAUUCUUUUUUUGCACUCUUUUCAAUAAAAAUAUACAAUAUUGUACAGUCAUUUCUAUCGCUAGAAAAUAAUCACAAUCUAGUCCCAGGCUGUCCGAUCAUUUAGAUAUUCAGCAGUGGAGUAAUAGGAUUUACGAUACAGCCAUUUUUUUCAUAAAACAUUUAAAUUUAUUUAUAGAUAAUGCCUGAACAGUGGCUGGGACUUUAUUAUAGAAGUGUAUACAUUUACCCUUAAAGCUAUUAUGUAUCUUAUGAAGCCUACUAGAAUUAGUCACAAGCAAUCCCUUAUUUCUAGUGUUAUAAUAAUGAAAAUCACUAUUAAGAGCAAAAAGGUGACGAUUUUUGUGUAAUACAAUCUAUUCUCGACUGUACUUAGCGCUUAGUUUGCUGAGCACUAAGAAUAAUUGUUAAAAUUUUCAAUUGUACCUAUUUAUGCACAAAAGAUACAACAAGCAUAAAUGAGUAAUAGUGCAAAAAUUUAUAGGUACCAGUUAUUUUUUAAUCACGUAAGUAUAUAUAUAAAAAUUCAAUGUAUUUUUGUUCAAAAUCGCAUAUCUCAUCAAGUUCUCUUCUAAUCAUUUUGUAAUUUUUACAAAACAUUGUAUUCCUCUAUAGAAGAGUAUUACUUGACCACUGUACUUACCAUUUUUCCAUUGGAUUUUUCCUAACAUGGGUAUCCGAGAAAAUAAUUAUAAUUGCUACAGUUCAGAAAAAGUUAAUUCAUAACUAUAUUUUUUAUACUGACAGUCUAAGUUUUAUUCUUUCGAACCAACAAAGUUUGUACAACGAAAUAUAUGAACUUAUAAUAUUUAUAAUUACGAUUAUACAUUGUAUUUAAUAGAUAACUUUGGGCAUUAUUUUAUUUAUAGAAUGAACUGUACAGUAUAAUACUUGAUAAAUAAGAAAAUGUUAUUUUAUCAGACAUUCUUAUCUGGCUCAUUUUUGUGUCAGAUAAAUAACCAAAUUGUAAUAAGCUUGCGGCGGUGAGAAAUAAGAUUUGCUACGAAAACAGAUCGUUGAACUUUCCAACAGAAACAAAAUAGCAACUAAUAUUGAUAUCCUAGAACAAUAACAUAACUUUGGAUCUCACAAAAACGAUAUUUGUUUUGCAACAAUUCGACGCAGCGCAGAUGGCGGUCAACGCUGGCUUAAGGCUAGGUUGCAUCAUAUUAGCUGAUAAAUUUAAAGUUAAAGUCGAAUUCAACGUUAACGUUACAACAGUCAACAGUAACGCUGAUCUUAACAUAGACAGCGGAUUGUGUAGCACCAUCGUAUUCCUUGGCAUAGUUAAAGAUAACCUUAAAAAGGGAGAAAUCAACUCAAUACCGAAAAAUUAUUUUAAACUUUUGACAGAUCGCUGUUAGCAAAAACAAUAGCUUCAACCGGCGACGAUUGGUUACGGUUAACAGUUAAAGUUAUGAUGUUAUCUAAAAAUUGUCAAAUGUUGCAACACAUUUGUUGCUUAACCGGUACUUUAACAUGCUUGUUAUUGCUAAAGUUAGUUGAUGCAUGCCUAAGAGUUUUUUACGCAAUGUUUUAGAACAGUCGGAAGGCAUACGCGUGGAUAUCUCUUUUACCUGGAUGGGGAAAGGGAUGAAGACGAAGAAGGAUGAGGACCACGUUUAUAUACAGUUUUAAUAUAUUUUGAAUAUAUACCCUUAACAGAAAUAUGUUGAGAAAAAAAGUAUCAGCUCGAUCCAUCUAACCGCGUGCAACACAGUUGAAGUAUCGGGGACCCAGUAUACAUACUCUGUAAACGGCUGGAUCACUUUGCGUUACGUAGAGACGUACGGGAGUGGUCGGUACAGCUGUUUCACCUGAUUCCUGCCGCCGAAUUCCACAUUCGUACGAUACGCCACAAAUUAGGAUAUCACCCCCACCAUCUGGAUGUGUGGUGGUCCUCCACAGUGCGGUUUUCAAGGAGCUUUCUUCCACGUGCUACAAAGCUGUGGAAUGAGCUUCUUUGUGCGGUGUUUCCGGGACGAUAUGACAUCAGUAGGUACCUUUAAAAAAAUGCGCGUUCAAAUCAAAAAUAAACACCUUCGAUUGAUUACGCUGGUGGUUGCAAGACGCUCGUUUGUACUCCAAACUUUGCAUAAAAAAAAGGUUUCUGAAAAUAUUAACUAUUUCAGCUUUAUAAAAAAGACAUUAAUUAUACUAAAAUCACGAAAAAUAAAAACAUAAUCAAAAGCUACCUUGAAUGUAUGAAAAUGAAGUUUCAUGAAGAAGAAAUUCAGUAGAUAAUUAACGUAUGAGCUACAAGGAAGGAGAAAGAGAGAAUCACUACAGAGUUGUCGCAAAGGUUAUACAAAACUUACACAACUUUAAAAAUACUAUAACGGCGGUUUUAUUUUAAAAUUCUGUCUUUCUAUUUAUUAUAAAACACAACACAUUAUCGGUUAUGAAAACAGCAAGUCGACUAAAAACUAAAAUCUACAUUGACCCGAUAAUCCGUUUGUUAUUAAGGUACUCUUCGUAGAAGACCUUUACUAAAUCUAGUCACGGCAUUCUUCCAUUUCGUCUAUAUUGAACGGAUUUAGGCGUAAAAUCAUGAAGGAUUCAUUCAAUCCGACGAAGAAAGCCAUUAGUUAGAUUGCCAUUAGAUUAAAUUGUUAAUGUUUGUAACAUUUCACGCAACACGCACCGAAGUACGUGCAGAAAGGUUGAUCGGAUCGCCCACCCGGAAAACCACAUCAAAUGGAUAUUAUGUUACUUCAAAAAUACCAACAGAAACAGAGUUUCUUUGACCGUGUAUUAUAACUGAAAAAAAUAUUACCUAAUCAAUUGAUCUUUUUGGGUAAUGUAUAGAAUUCGAAAAAACAAAAAACAAUGUGUGGGCCUAAGAUCUGGCGACAAAAAUGAAUACAUAAUUAAUAAAUUAAGCCUAAUUGAUACAGAAUAAAACUAAAAAUGAACUAUUUAAAAAAACACGAUUUAAGUGAAACUUCUUUCCUCAAAAUAACUUUACUAUUCGUUUUAUAAUUAUAACACGAAAAUUUUUUUUUAACCUUUGCCAGGUGUGGGAUUCGAACCCACUCUCCUUCUCGGGAACUAGAGCGUAAAUCUAGCGCAUAACACUAUUUGGCUACUAACUACUGCUUUCAUGUCAGGUUACAUGAAAGCAGUAGUUAAUAUUAAUGAUUCAACUUAUUCCGCGGCUGGUUUAUGCAACCGCCGAUAGAUGGACGUUAAAAAAGCUCGCUAGCAAUAAACAUCCAUUUAUAAAAGUUACUAACAAUAUUGUUUUAAUAUUAUAUUUACAAUUAUAAUUGUGUACUUAUUUUAUAUUUCAUUAUUGAAACGAGCUAUUUACAAAAUUAGUUUUAUUAUAUUUACAAUAUUAGCAUUUCAUUGUACCAUAUAUAUAUUAUUAAUUUAAACUACCGUCCAUAUUUGAUUUUGAAUAAAAAAGUGUUACAGAAAAAAUAUAUGCAACGAAAUUUAUGUUAGUUUGACAGUACAAACUUUAUUUAUAUCGAAAAAAAAAAAUAUAGAUUCGUUGACAGUUGUAUUAUUAUUACCAUCACUUGUCAAGUGCAAAUAAUAGUCGAUAUUUCGUUAUAAAAAGUAGAAAUAUAAUAUUCAUAUUAGAUUUUAUAUAUGCUUUGAAGGCGUAGAAUGAAAUAAUUUAACGACUAAUAUUUUCAUAUGUAAUUAAACAAUAUUAUUAUUAUAAUAUGUUUAGAAAACUACGACCCGGUUACAAUAUCCCUGGAUGUGACGUCGUGACGUCACAAUAUAGUAGUUUUGUUACGGUGUGCAAAACAGGCAUCACUAGAAUACUAUUAUUAAUAAAUAAACUACGAUUUAUUUUCUCUGUAUUAUUGAUUGAUAUAAAGGUGUUUUGUUGCAAAAAUAAAUGAAAUAAUUUAUUAAUAAUAAUGAAAAAGUAAGCCUUCAUUUUUGACACAGAAACUAUAGAAUUAUUAACAACAAAACCUAAGAUUAGGGAUUGGUCUCCGCUGCGCUCCAACUAGAUACCCCAGUCACAAAGUGUGGCAACUAAUACUACACCCAACCUGCAAGCUUAGCCGGAUUAUACAUCGUCACCAUAUUGUAAUUACUAUUUCAAACUUAUGUCAAAUCUCACUGCACGUUUCAUACAAAACUAAAUUUCAAUUUUUACUCAGGCAUUCCCUCCCGCCUUUUAUUACGUAGUAUUUACAUCGUCUUUGUAAUGGGUGUCAAAUUUUGCUUUGUCAAUGUGUGUGUUAGCCAGUGGUUUAGUGAUGUGGUGAUCGAAAUCAAUCAAAAUCGGUUACAGUUACAAUCAAUUCGCUGUCCUUUUCUUUCUUGCUGUAUCUCCAUAAGAGGUAUUUUUCUCUCUUGCACGCUUCGUUCGUAGAUAAAGAAGAUUACUGGAAGAUCAUGGAUCUAUCCUUACAUCAAGGAUUAGUCUCCACUGCCCUCCAACUCGAUACCGCGCUCGUAGUCGCAAAGUGCCACAUGUUCUGUUAAAUUUUGCCAAUAAUUGAAAAUUAAAUGCCGGGUUGCGUAGUAAAACUAAGUUAAAAUAAUACUACAAGAAAUAUGAAAAACACUGGAAUCACAUAUCAUCAGUAAAUAUUUUGUAUUUUAUUAAUUUAAAUGUAAAAUAACACGAAGCGUAUUUUACAAAAUUUUAAAGAUGCCACGCACAUAAGCAUCUAAGAGUUGCCGCAAUAAAAAAGCUAUUCUUCUUAGAUUGUAUGUACUUGUUGUUCGGUAUCUAGUUGGAGCGCCGCGGAGACCAAUUCUUAACCUAAGGAUCUAUCCUAAAAAUAGCCAUAUGGUUAUUAUCCCUUUAAGAAGUUAUUCAGUGGUCGAAGUAACAUAAGAUGAGGCAAUCUGUUGAGGCCAAUUGUUGCAUAACACCAUCCAGUAUUAUCUUAGUGUUGAUUGUAAUUAAGAAAAGAACAUUCAAGGAUAAUGGUAGAUAUACAUUGACUCCAUAUGAUUGCAAAAUGAUUGAUCAAUAUUGUAAGUGACUAUAGAAAAUAUACCUAUUAUAAAAUGAUAAGUCUAUUUUAAUGUGUAAUAACAAUAGAAAUCUAAAGAAGAAUGUAAUAGAAAUGUUAUAAAUGCUAAUUCUUUGCGAGAUGAUGUGAUCGGCCCCCCUAUAUAUAAACAUUAAAUUGCUCCUUACGUUUUCCACGCUACGGAUAUUGAAGGCCUUCCGCAUCAAUAGUGUGCAAAGUGACAGCAAGACAAAUAAAUUAAAAUCUCACAGAGAAAAAUUAUGAAAAUAUUUAAACAAAGAGUUUAGUUAAAAAAACGGCCAAGUUUAUGUCGGACUCGCGCACGAAGGGCUCCGUAGCAUUAUCUAUAAAAUUCUCUAAAAAUCACGAUUCAUGAGAUAUAGCCUGAUGACAGACACCCAAACAGCAGAGUCUAAGUAAUAGGGUUCAUGUUGGUAUAGAUACAGGUCCUGGAUGAGUUUCUGCAGUUAGAUAUACUGAAAUACACCACAUUUUCGCCUCGCUAUUUCGAUUGAUACUAAAUCACUACUUUCCCGCUUCUAGUCAAUAAUUCGGGAUGUGAGACGAUAUGUUUCACUCGACUAUAUCACUUCUAGUACCUUCUUUCUAGAUUUCUAUAUUAAUAGUAGAAUAGUAGUACAAUACUAUAUACAAAAACUUUAAAAUGUCUAUAAGAUUUGUCAUAUCCAAUUUUAUUUAUACCUGAUUUUACCUUAUACUUCUUAAAUCUUAUACUAGUUAUUAAGAUACGUAGUGACCUAUUUCCUAUUUGCUAUUUCCCAUUUUCUCUCUUAAAAAUGUUCCAAAAUUAAUAAAUUUCUACCUAUUUCUUGUAUGAAUCAAAUAUAAUUACGAUAACAUACCUGCUGAUCUUUUGCUGUCUGUAGUAGUAUUCCUUCAGGCCUAUUAUUAGCUUUAAGACCAGAAAUGUUUUGUUAUUUAGUUUCAUCGUCUACUGCUAUACCCUUUGUUCCUCCAAAGAUCUCCACGACGAUUGGUACUGCGCUGCCCUCAUCCAGCGUAUUCCGAUGAUCUUCACCAGAUCUUCGGUCCAUCUUGUGAGGGGCCUCCCUUGGUAGGCACACGUAGUAUUGGUAGGCACCAACACUGCGUCUUCCGGUACGUGGUCGCCACUCGAGGACAUUUCUGCCCCACCCAUCUGUCCGUCGAGCUAUGGUGCCCUGCCCACUGCCACUUAAGUUUCACAAUCAGAUGAACUAUGUCAGUGACUUUCGUUCUCCUUCGAAUCUCCUCAUUUCUGAUUUGAUCUCGCAGGGAAACUCCGAGCAUAGCCCUCUCCAUUGCUCUCUGAGCGACCAUGACCAUCAUGUUAUUUAGUUUAAGCAAGCUUAUUAUAUUUUGUAAAAAUUUUGGGAUUACAGUAAUAUUUUUUGCUACUAAGUACUAGCAAAGCGACUCAAGUUUCCUCUGUGUGAACUUCAUUUAUGAAGCUCCUGCUUAUUCUGAAAAGCUUUCGCUGAUUUCUCAGCAAGCUGCCUCCAUAUCACUAUAUCCUCGGCUAUCACAGAGCAUUCGGAAUACCGAGUCCCAUUAUGGUCUCAACUUGGUCAGACCAGCGGAUUGGUGAUCUACCCACGCAGCAUUUUCUCCAGAUCAUCCGUUUGCCUGGAGGUACUAUGAACAAAAUAGCUGAGGACUCUUUUAGGAGCUUUCUUUUUGUAGCCUAUGGGGGCAUUCAGCAUAUUUUACUCGAACACCCCAUUUCAAAAGCUUCAACCUUCUUUUAGUCACUUUUUCCAAUCGAAAAUGAUUCGGAACCAAACAAAGCAAAUAAAUGGUUUUAAAAAAGUUUAUUCAAAAUUAAAAAACACGCUAAAUUAAGUUCUGUAAUAAAGAAGGAGUGUGCUCUAAGCACACGACUGGAGUAAAACAAAUUAUUAAUUUAUAAAAUUGUUCAAGAAUGAAAUUUAUACGAAAUAAUCAAGAAAUCACCAUUCGUGUAACGCUAGCGUUCGUUCGUUACGCUCUCGUCAGGCAUUCACCAGCUUACUCCUCAAGUCAAGCGUACGAAAAGCUGUUUUACUUCAAUCAACAGGGAUUAUUUAAAAAAAGUUAAUACUAUGCCAGUUCUACCAUGAUUUUUUCUUCCACUAGUCUAUAUAUUGUACUAGUCGUUUCUAUCCACGACUCUCUCUAUAUGUAUUUUUGUGUAAUAGUAAUAAUUAGUAAGUACAUUUCUGUCAGCGCUUUAUUUCUUCAGCUGAACAUAUAAUAUCUAAGACCGUUUCUUGGACAUUGCAACAUUACUUUAUUUUUCUAAAAUAAACGUAGCCUAAGUUACUCCUUAUUACAUCAGCUACCUGCUAAUAAAAGUCCCGUCUAAAUCGGUCCAGUCAAUUCAGAGAUUAAACGGAACAAACAGACAGACAGACAUAAAUACAAUAAUUGUAAAAAAAAUAUUUUGGUGUAUGUACCGUAUAUAUAUUCAUAUACAUGUAGUAAAAAACGGUUAUUUCAACAUAACAUAUAACAAACAGACACUCCAAUUUUAUUUAUAUGUAUAGAUAUUUCUUUUCCCUUACGGCACUUAAGGCACAUGGUUCCCAUAUAGCAGCUGGUAUGUUAUCCUAAUUUGACUCUAAUAGAUGUUACGAUAAGAGCGAGAUAAGCUUGUAUAACUCGAUGUUGUAUGCAAUACGUUACAAUAGGUAGUUAAAAGGCACCAUAAUGUUGUAAUUAUUUUGAUAAUUAUUAUUGUUAUUAAAUAUGAAAUAAAGUGUUUGUUAAGUAUA